AUGCAAACUGGUUUAGCUGCUCAAUGUCAUCAUCAACCGGGAAGGCGAGCAUCCCUAAUUGAAUUACAACUUGUCCAUCGUGAUGUUUACACAGUCCUAUUUGGAAGUAAUCCAGCCAGUAGAUGUCGAAUUGAUCCAACACUUUUAGCUACUGUACGUUUGUGUAGAUUAGCUUGUGGUGGUGUCGGUGUCGAUUCUGAUACUGCUUGGCAUACAGCUGGGCAUACAGCACAUGCAGCUAGACUAGCAGCUGGAUGUGUCGUGGAUUUAGCCUGUCGUGUUAUGUUAGGUCAAUGUCCAAAUGGUUUCGCUUUGGUACGACCACCAGGACAUCAUGCAGAACCUGGUCAAGCUAUGGGUUUUUGUUAUUUCAAUUCAAUAGCAAUAGCAACUAAAAGAGUUCAAUUCCUUGGGUCAACAACACUUAGUAAUGAACAAAACUCAGUUAUAUCUUCAUUAACAAACACACUAUUCGAUCAGUCAGCUUUUCUCCCAUACACAAUAGAACCAACAUUGAAACCAAGAAUUCUUAUUGUCGAUUGGGAUAUUCAUCAUGGAAAUGGGACACAAACAGUCUUCUAUACUGAUCCAACUGUCUUGUAUAUAUCAUUGCAUAGACAUGACGAAGGUGGAUUUUUUCCUGGUACUGGAUCACCUGAAGAAAUUGGUGCUGGUCCUGGUGAAGGAUUUACAAUCAAUAUUGCUUGGCCAUCAGGCAUAGUGAUGUCUGAUGCUGAAUAUCUAGCUGCAUUUCGUUUAAUUGUCCUACCUGUCGCCUAUGAAUUUCAACCAAGUCUUGUCCUGGUCUCAGCUGGAUUUGAUGCAGCUCCGGGGCAUUCAGCUAAUCUUGGCGGUUAUUCUGUUAGUCCAGCAGCUUUCGGUUGGAUGACACGAUUGUUAUCUGUUGAUCGAAUAGCUAAUUCGAAAGUUGUCCUGUCUUUAGAAGGUGGUUACGACUUGAAUAGUCUUUGUGAUUGUACAGAAGCUUGUGUUAGAGCCCUGCUACAGUCAGCUGCAGAAAUCAAUGAGAAAAAUUCUGUACCAAUUAGUGUUCCUGAUUUACUUCCAUUGAAACAAACAGAAAUGGAUCGUGUACCACAUCCUGCAGCUAUACAAACUUUACUAAGAGUAGCACAAUUACAUUCUUCUUACUGGAGUUGUUUCUCUAAAGAAAUCACCACUGAAUAUGCAUCGUUACCAGCGAGUAGAUGGUUGCCGACAGUAUUUGAAAGCUCAUCUAAACCAUCAACGACAGAUCAUACUUCUUUAGAGUCAGACAAUAUUUCUGCUGCAAUGAAUAUCAAUCGAAAUUUCUUUAAAUCUUUAAAUAAAGCAAAUCCCCUAGGCGAAAACUUUAACACAUUUACAUCCACAAAUAAUGCAUCCAUCGAAAAUAGUCGAUUGUUUAAUUUUGCUAUGCGACAAGCUUCUUCUAUGGAUGAAGCAACUGAUACUGAAAUGAAACAGAAUUUCACUCGCAGAAGAUCAGCUACUGGUCUUACUCUAUCGAAUAUUGAUUCAAAACAAUUGAUUGAUACAAAUGAAACUAUAACACGAAUAGCAUUAGCUCGAUUGGCUGAGCUACACGUUACACAGAAUCAUGAAUAGUUUCGAUUCGAUUUUUUUGAGGGGUUCAAUGAAUAAGUGAUUAUUUCAUUGUCAAGGUUGUGAUACUGAUAUUCUUAGUUUUGUUUUAAUAAACUAAUCAUGCAAAAAAAUAGAUUAUCCCACUAUUCAAAUCAGUGAAAACGAGCACUAUUUUGGAUUAUAUUAUACAUAUACAAAUGUAUAUGUAUAAUAUGAUAUUUCAUAUUGGCAUUUCAGUGGUUUGUCCAAAAACAAUUUAAGCAUUUACUAUUUUGAGCAUUUAUUCUUGUGUCAGUUGUUUUUUGUAAAUAAAAAAAGAAAGAAAAAUUUUACGAGCAUUCCCUCGUGUUACAACAAUCAACUGAAUGCAAACAGUGUAUUUCAAUUUCCCGGUGCCUUAAAACUUGACAGCGCUUGUUUUAAUUUAUUAACGCUACCUCCAUAUUUACGUUCACUGUUCAAUGUUCGAUACGUGCAUAUAUAUUUGUGUGCAUGUAUGUAUGUAUACAUAUACAUAAGCAUUACAAAUGUUUGAAUAUUGAUUAAUUUAAACAAAGAAAAUAGAAGUAAGGCAACAGCUAUUAUUGAACCUGUUUAAUUUGAGCUUUGCUUCGUUUCUUCUUCUUCUCCUUCUCCUAUUUGUUGUUUUUAACACUCUAAAGUUUUGUUCUUCCCCAUUUUUAUUUUUUUUCAAAAUAUUAAAAAACAAUUAUUAUUUCAUUGUUUUAUGAAUUAUGUACUUUCUGGUAAAGUAUAUACAUCUAUACAUAUAUGUGUUUCUUCUGAAAAUUUUAUUUUUUAUUAAUAUACUACUAAUAAUAGUAAUAAAAUGCAUUUUUAUUAAUUUUUGCGUGACUAUUUUAUUUACCUUUUAUCCAGAAGAAUGUUUUGCCCUAAUUCAUUUGCGUGUGAGUGUAAUUUCUUGAUUUAUACAUUCGUGUGAGUUGUGUUUGUUGAGCGUUAAUUGGUGUGUGUGUGUGUGUUUGAGUGUGUGAUUGUCUGGUUACUCAUUCACACCUCACAUGAAUAUGGUAUUUCAAAUUAUUCCACGCUGAGUACAAUUCAUGUAUAAUUUUCAUUAUGAG